AUGGCUGCGGUACUCUCCCCGGCGCACUACGGGCCCGCCCACGGCAUACUCAUCAACCGGUCGCCCUCCGCCUCCCCGUACCACCAUCCUGCGUCAUUGCCCCCUUUGGUUCCGUCAAAUCCAUCCCUCUCCUCAUCCACGUCCUCCGCCUCUGACCUCGCCACCGACUCCGACUACUACUCAUCCAGUAGCGCGACCACGUCAAGCCGCCCGGGUCGCCCACCCCACGAUGCCCAUGAGCCCAAACCCCGCUCCGGCUCAGCACCCAACUCGCGUCGCAUCCGCUUCGCGCCCCUUCCCGACCCCCGCCGCAACGUCUUCAUCGCAGACGACGACAACCUCGGCCUGCCCUCUGUCCUGCUUGACGACGCCGCUGAUGACAACGAGCAACAGCCAAGCCAGAGCUUCAAUGCGUCCUCCGCCGGCAAGCCCUGUACGCUUAGUCUCAAGGAUCAAGACGCCAAGAUCAAGUCGGCGCCUUCCGGCUCCCUCCUCUUCAGUCCUCACGACCACACCACGUCGGGCUCGACGCCCACGCUGGCGAGCACUGCCACCAUCACCCCCCAAUCUGCGGUCUUCCCGGCCUCGACACCGUCCGAGCUCGGCGGCGAGUGGAACGUCCUUCCCCACUCGCCCCGGCCGUGCAGCCUCGACUUGCCCGACGACAUUCCUCGGAGAUCAAAUAGCUCUUCUGCGAAAUGGUCGAGGAAGUUCCUCAGGCCGCUUCUGGGGCCCCUAGCAUCAUCAUCGACCAAGGGUCGGUCGACUGAUGACCUCCGUACCCCGGGUUCCACCACAAGCCUCAACAGUAUGGUGCCGCUCACGCCCCAGAGCACAGGCGGCUCCACCGUGGACAGCCGCUAUCCCAUCAUCACCUCGCCCAGACCCUUGGAGAAGAAGUGGAAGAAGAAGCGCGAGAAGGGCCUCGAGUCCGAUUUUGGCACGCCCCUCUAUCGCUGGUCGAGCGAAGGCGACCCGACGCCCAACAAGAAGGGUCGUGUAGCGGAGAUGCGCGAAGCGGCCUCAGAGGGCGCAAAAGGCCGCGACGGUCGCCCUCGCUCAAGGAGUGCGAACGGCACGAGACUGCUGAACGGCCGUGUCUACGGUGCCAAGCGGUACAACAACGCCAACCCUUUCGCCAAUGUCAGAUCCGAGGAGCCCAAGUUCGUCGAGUGGGGUUUUGGAGGCAUGGGCAGCGUACAAUCUAGCGGUGUUGGCGCGAAUAUCUGGUCAAAGGUCCAGUCGAGCGGAGGCGUCAGCAUUGGUGCGCACGAAGAAACAACCGCAAGGUCUCGCGCUAGUUCCGCGGGUGAUGACGACGACGGCAGCGGGAUGGCCUGGGUGAAGAAGCGACGCGCACGCAAGGAGCAGGAGCAGCAGAAGCCUGAGCAGACGACGAGCGCGGCGGUGGAAACGCCGCCUGCGACGGAGCCCCAUGCGAGUGGAUCCGACCUUGACCCGCCGGCCGGGAAGGAGGACACUGCCCUCGGGCAGGAGCUGUCGGCCUCGCCGACCCAAAUCAACGCGCCUCUUCCGGAAGGGAGGAGUACGCCCACGAGUGAGCAGCGCCUGCUUCAGGCAGUGACGCUGCCGCCGGCCCAUCACCAUCAUCACCGCGGUCACUCGCACAGUACGCUCGAGAGGUUGUCGAGCGCGAUCAAGAUCGAGACGGAGCGCAGAGACAGCGAGGACACUGUUCGCGAUCCGCGUACGCCGCCUGCGCAGGAGCAGGAAGAGUCGCGCGCCGAAGUCACCGGCCAGCCUGACGAAGCAAGAGCGCGUGCGGACAGCGUGAGCUCCAAGGCUAGCGAGGAGUCCAGCUCGAGCUCGAGCGAGGGCAACGACGCAGACGCAGACGCAGAGGCCGACGAGGAGGAUAUCGAGAGCCCGCGGAGUGGCGAGGAGGAGGAUGAGGAGGACAUCGAUGAGGAGCUCGAGGAGCGUGCCCGUCUGACUGCUGUCGGCGCUGGAGUUGAGAAGAUCAGCCGGCAUAAGGAGAGCACACCAGUGCCGGAGGCUGGUCCUGAAUAA